UCUUCUUUUGCCACCACCACCACCACCACCAACUCGAUUACUCCAGCGAACGGACCAUGGCGACGGCGUCCCUCCCCUUCUCCGCCCUCCAGCCGCUCUCCUACCGCGGCAGCCACCGCGUCCGCCCUCUUCCGAUCACGGCCACUGUCUCCGACAAGUCGUCCGUGCCGCCCUCCACCAAGCCGUCGAAGCUCCCUCUCCGCAAGAUCCCCGGCGACUACGGCCUCCCUUUCGUGGGCCCGAUCCGGGACCGCCUUGACUACUUCUACUUCGAAGGCACCGAGGAGUUUUUCAAGUCGCGCGUGCGGCGGUACGGCUCCACGGUGUUCCGCUCCAACAUGCCCCCAGGCCCCUUCCUCGCCGCCGACCCGCGCGUCAUCGUCUUGCUCGACGCCGCCAGCUUUCCCGUCCUCUUCGAUACCUCGCUCGUCGAGAAGCGGGACGUCUUCACCGGCACCUUCAUGCCCUCCACCUCCCUCACCGGUGGCUUCCGCGUCCUCUCCUACCUCGAUCCCUCCGAGCCCAAUCACGCUCCCCUCAAGCGCCUCCUCUUCUUCCUCCUCUCCAACUGCCGCGGCGCCGUCAUUCCCGAGUUCCGCCGCACCUACGGUGCUCUGUUUCAGUCCAUGGAAGCAGAGAUCGCGGCCAAGGGCAGGGCGGAUUUCGGAGAAGGCAACGACCAGGCGGCCUUCGACUUCCUAGCCCGCGCCUACUUCGGCCGCGACCCCAAGGAAUCCGCUCUGGGCAGCGACGGCCCCGGAAUCAUCACCAAAUGGUUGCUCUUCCAACUCAGCCCCCUUUUGACCCUGGGACUCCCUUCCUACCUCGAGGACUUCUUGCUCCACUCCUUCCGUCUGCCCCCCGCCCUCGUCCGCGGCGACUACGACCGCCUCACCGCCUUCUUCCGCGAUGCCUCCAGUCGCAUCCUCGACGAGGCCGAGCAGAUGGGGAUUUCGCGAGACGAGGCGCUCCAUAACAUCCUCUUCGCCACCUGCUUCAACACCUUCGGCGGCAUGAAGAUCCUCUUCCCUGCCAUCAUGAAAUCGAUCGGCCGUGCUGGCGCGCGCCUCCACGGACGGCUGGCGGAGGAGGUGCGCACCGCGGUGCGCGAGGUCGGCGGCGGCGAGGUCACUAUGCGAGCCGUCGAGGCCAUGCCCCUGGUGGCCUCGGCCGCCUACGAGGCGCUCCGUAUCGAGCCGCCGGUGGCGCUCCAGUACGGCCGCGCGAAGCGCGACCUCGUGCUGACGAGCCACGACGCGGCCUUCGAGGUGCGCGCCGGAGAGAUGCUGUUCGGGUACCAGCCGUUCGCGACCCGGGAUUCGCGGGUGUUCGACCGGGCAGAGGAGUACGUGGCGGACCGGUUUUUGGGGCCGGAAGGGGCGCGGUUGCUGCGGUACGUGGUGUGGUCGAACGGGCCGGAGACGGAGUCGCCGACGCCGGAGAACAAGCAGUGCGCCGGGAAGGACUUCGUGGUGCUGGUGGCGCGGCUUCUGAUGGUGGAGCUCUUCCUGCGCUACGACUCGUUCGAAGUGGAGGUGGGAACCUCCACGCUGGGUUCUUCCGUCAAGUUCACCUCGCUCAAGAAGGCCACCUCUUGAGCGCCGCCGCCGGCAGUGGCAAUUUUGUGAUUCUCAUCGAAGCAAACAGGUGCUAAUUGGAAGCCUAAAUGGCGUUGACGAGGGUGGUCGUUGGAUCUAGUGGCGUAGCGGGAGGACGAGGGUGGAACCCGCACGACGUCGAAAUAGUUAUUUAUAUAAAAUUAUGUUAUCAUUUAUUUUUUUAAAAAAAACGAAGGGUUUUCUCCCUAAACGACCGGUUAUUAUCCAAGGUGCGUAUUAAAUAGAUUAAAGUUUUGGACAACAAGUUCGGAGAAUCUUCACUUUUGGAUUAUUUUUGGCGCACAUAAAAUUUUCUUGUUAUUAUUGAACAGAGUCGAUAUUUAAUUGUAAAGGUAAGAUCCGAAUUGCCGCCUUCAUUUUGGGGCUACUCAUUAUGCCCCUCUGCCAAAAUAAAAUUUGUCAAAUUUAUUCAUGUUUAA